UUCGAAGAAGAACGUCAACCGAGGCGGCGUUGCAUUUCAAAAUCUGCACUUUCAUUGGGCGGAGAUAAAACCUAGUUCGAUCAAUCAUCUCCCAGAUAAUACCCGCAUUCAACGAGUCAAGAUAGCAUCCCGAAAGGCACUUCGCAACUGCCUGCCGCCGCUGUCGGACCUCGUGAUGAGCAAGCUGAGCUACCGGCGCGAGCUGGUCCCUAGUGACCCGGCCCAGGCCCCGGUUCUGAUUGUUGGCCAGACGGGUCAUUUGAAGGAGCUUCCGUUCGAGCGGGUUCGCUGCAAGCUGGAGCCCCGUGUGAGCGCGGAAAUCUUCGAACAGGCCAAAUCCGUGCUGCAUCCGGCGCCGACCGACAGCUGCUCGCUGUACCUGGACCUGGCCAAGCUGGCGGUUCUGCCGACCAAGGCGUCCCGGCACAACUCGGAGUCACGCGGUCACGCACUGACCAAGUUGGUGCAGACGCACACUUCGGGGGUCAGCGAAUCGAUUGUGGUUGUGUGCGACAAGGAGAACCUGUUUGCUUCCGGAUGUGCCGUGGCCAGAGCCUUUCCGUUGUACAGUCGCAAGACUAGUAAGGCGGAAAAUGGCGUAACUUCGGCGGAAUCGGUUGCCGUCGAUGUGGAAUUUCUGUUGACCGGGGAUGACUGUGUGACGAAGCAGGACGUUUUGGUGCUGGAGAGUGCCGCUAAGGGGAUAAGACUGGCAGCCAAGAUAGUGGACGCGCCUUGCAGCGAGAUGAACGUGUCCGGGUUCCUGAAGGAAAUUGAUGUGGUGGCCAAAGAGUUGAAGUUGACGCCGAAGGUAAUUCGUGGAGAAGAGCUCAAGGAGCAAGGCUUUGGAGGGAUCUACGGUGUGGGAAAGGCAUCGGAUGAUCCUCCGGCUUUGGCAGUUCUGUCGUACGAACCGGAAGGUGCUACCGAAACCGUCGCUUGGGUCGGCAAGGGAAUCGUGUACGACACCGGUGGCCUUAGCAUCAAGGGUAAGACUGCCAUGCCGGGGAUGAAACGUGACUGCGGUGGUGCGGCCGCAAUUUUGGGCGCCUUCUACGCUGCGGUCAAGUGCGGCUUCAAGCAGAAUCUGCACGCCGUGUUCUGUCUGGCGGAGAACUCCGUUGGACCGAACGCAACCCGUCCGGACGACAUUCAUCGGCUGUACUCGGGCCAAACCGUGGAGAUCAACAACACCGAUGCCGAGGGUCGGUUGGUGCUGUCGGAUGGAGUUUGCUACGCCGAUCGCAACCUUAAAGCUGGCAUCAUUCUGGACAUGGCAACGCUCACCGGCGCGCAAGGCAUUGCAACGGGCAAGUACCACGGCGCUAUUCUGACCAACAGCGAGCAGUGGGAGCAAAAGGCGUUGAUCGUCGGUCGUAAAACAGCGGACCUGCUUGCACCGGUUCCGUACUGCCCGGAGUUGCACUUUUGCGAGUUUAAAUCGGCAGUUGCGGACAUGAAGAAUUCGGUUAUGGAUCGCGGAAACGCACAGGUCAGCUGCGCCGGACUCUUCGUGGGGGCUCAUCUGGGAUUCGAUUACGAAGGUGCCUGGAUGCAUGUGGACAUGGCCUCGCCGGUACACAACGGAGAACGCGCCACCGGAUACGGUGUUGCGUUGCUGUUGGGACUGUUUGGCGAGCACAGUGGCGCUGAUUUGUUGAAGCACGUGGCCGAAGCUGCUGCAGCUGGAGGAACGGUCAAAGAACCGCAGCAUAAGAAAGCCCGCGUAAAUUGAGCAUCCCGUUUGAACUUUCUACGAAAUAAUCACAAUUGUGUUUCAAGUAUCAUUUUCGAUUUGAAUGCAUCUUUUGAAAAAAUAAAAAUAUAAAUUACUGCCAGACAA